GGAACAGUGAAGCAGAACACAAUGGCAGCCCUGGGUUUAGAAAUAUUGGGCGUCACAUUGGCCACCCUGGGUUGGAUUGUUGGCAUUGUGUCCUGCGCUUUGCCAAUGUGGAGGGUGACCGCCUUCAUCGGCUCGAACAUUGUGACGGCACAGAUCAUCUGGCAGGGCAUAUGGAUGGACUGUGUGGUGCAGAGCACAGGCCAGAUGCAGUGUAAGGUCUACGACUCCAUGCUGGCAUUGCCUCAAGAUCUACAGGCAGCUCGAGCUCUGUGUGUGAUCGCCAUCAUGUUGGGAGUGCUGGGAGUCUUGGUCUCUGUCUCAGGGGCCAAGUGCACCAACUGCAUAGAGGAUGAGCGCACGAAGGCCAAGGUGAUAAUCGCUGCUGGCGUGACAUUUAUUUGCGCUGCUGUCAUGGAAUUGAUCCCGGUGUCAUGGUCGGCCCACACAAUCAUCACGGAUUUCUACAACCCGGUGAUAACAGAGUCACAGAAACGAGAGAUUGGAGCGUCUCUCUACCUGGGAUGGGCGGCUGCCGCUUUGCUGCUGACAGGGGGAGCAAUUCUGUGCUGCAGCUGCCCACCACAUCAAGAGAAAAGGUACGGUACAGGGAGCAGGAUGGUCUACUCCACCACACGAUCUGUAGCACCCAGCACCUACGACAGAAAAGAUUAUGUCUAAGCUAAUGACGAAAAAUGAAGAGUUAGAGUCUGAGAUUGUCCUUGGUUUGAUGAGAGCAAGGAAAUGAAGGACUGUUAACUCUGUGACCCAACAGAGAAGAAAAUGUCUCAGUGUGUGUCAAAUUGAGAAAUGCAGUAGGGUUACCUUCAUGACUGACUGAAUCAUCUGGUUCUCUUACUUGCGGUGUUUGAAACUGUUAUGUUUUUGUACAUGUUGGAUGUGUUUUGCAUAUUAACUGAACAUCAUGAUUGCAAUUAUAACUGUAAAAUUAGUUUUCUUUGGAGUAUUCUUAAGUAUUGGUGAGUUAAAUGUGGCUUAUAUUAUAUAUGAAUAUAUAUUUACAUUUUUAUUAGGAAAAUCAACUGUUUGUUGCUCAAACAGCUUUUUUUUUGUUUUAAAUAAAAAUAAAAAACCUCAUGCUCAAGCCAAAAAAAGAAAAACAACA